AUGCGGUUUCCUGUGUUUGAAAGCAUGUGUGAUACUGAGGAUAGAAAUGGAAGGGGCAAGGAAUGUGUUAUGGCAGAAAUUUUUCAAGAAUUUGCUGUUCAGGAGGAAUCGGUGACAUUCCGGAUCAAUUUGUCAGUUCUUCUUGACUGCUUGACCAUUUUUGGUGCCAAUUCUUUGCCAGGAACAUCAACGGCUCUUAGGAUGUGUUAUCGUGGUUAUGGUUACCCCUUGAUGCUGUUCUUGGAAGAAGGAGGAGUAGUGACUGUGUGCAAAAUUAACACUCAGGAACCUGAGGAGUUGUUAGACUUUGAUUUCUGCAGUACAAAGGUUGUUAAUAAAAUUAUCCUGCAGUCAGAGGGGCUACGAGAAGCGUUUGCUGAACUGGAUAUGACCAGUGAAGUUCUGCAGAUUACCAUGUCUCCAGAUAAACCCUACUUCAGGUUAUCCACGUUUGGAAAUGCAGGAAGUGCACAUCUGGACUACCCUAGGGACUCUGAUUUGAUGGAAGCAUUCCGCUGUAACCAGACUCAGACAAACAGGUACAAGAUUUCUUUGCUUAAACCAUCUACAAAGGCAUUGGCUUUAUCUUGUAAAGUGUCCGUUCGAACAGAUGCUCAGGGAUUUCUUUCACUGCAGUAUAUGAUUAGGAAUGAAGAUGGACAGAUCUGUUUUGUGGAAUACUAUUGUUGCCCUGAUGAGGAUGUUACUGAAGCAGAACUGUAGGGGUAUGUUUUAGCGUCUGCAGUAUAUUUAUGGAUGUGUGAAAUACUAUAUUUUUUUUAUAAAACUGAGGGAAAGCUGUA